AAAAGCGAUUAAAAAAAUUAAAAAAGAGAAGAACACGUCUUGAGUAUCAGAUAAUUAAGAGCGCGUUCGCAGUGACAAUCGGUGAAUGGUCAAGUCUGAAAGAAGUGGGAGUAUCGUGAUAAAUAUAAGUCGUGAUAACUGGUGUGACUUCUCGAGAGUACAAGGCAACGAUACUUAUAAUCAGUUUGCUGUUAUAAUCAACGACGCUAUCGAGCGUAUCGUUGUGCCUUGCAACAGGCUCACGCGUCUCUUAUGUCGAUAUUUUCUUGUCUCGUUAUUGUUCCGACGACAAUUUUUUAACCAUUCCCUAUGAAUUCUUUACGAAGUACCUUCUCUACGAUAAUCUUCUAUCGAUGAUAUUCGCCGUAGAAUCUUUGAGUGAAACUCGUUUGGAGAUACGAAACUCCUAUUUGGAGAUAUAAUUAUGAAAAUAAAAAUUGAACAUUGUAAAAUUGCGAAUAUAGAAAUACAGUUGUGCGUAUAGAAAUUAAACGUAAGAGCAAGUUAUUUAUAUAGUGUUUCACGGUGUAGUGUUUCAAGUGUUGGAACAAUUUUAAGCAUGUUGGAGAAAACGAGGGAUAUAGUUUACAAGAAAAUGUCACGAUGCAGCAGAGACUGUUGCUACAAGUACAUGAAGAGGAGGCUGCCGAUUCUGUCGUGGGCUAGGAAUUACAAACUCACAUGGCUGCCUCAAGAUGCACUGGCCGGCUUCACGGUUGGCCUCACAGCUAUUCCUCAAGGCAUCGCUUACGCUAUCGUCGCUGAUUUAAGUCCCGAGUAUGGGUUAUAUGCGUCUUUCAUGGCAUCCUUCCUGUACAUUAUUUUUGGUUCCUGUACAAGUAUUACUAUCGGUCCAACUGCUAUUAUGGCAACGAUGGUGCAACCUUUGGUAACAAAAUACAAUGCUGAUGUCGCGGUUCUGCUUACGUUUCUGAAAGGCUGCAUUAUCGCGUUACUCGGCUUCUUUCAUUUAGGUUUCUUGUUAGACUUCAUUUCCUUACCCGUAAUUACGGGCUUUACCGCGGCUGCAUCGAUUAACAUAGCCACUUCGCAGUUCAAACCGUUGUUAGGAAUACCCGGUAGAAGCGAAGACUUGGUAGAUUCUUUGAUCUCGGUGUUCUCGAAUCUGAGGAUGAUCCGGUACCAGGACACGUUGCUGGGUAUUGGAACGAUAGCGGCGUUGGUUCUACUAAAGAAUUUACCUGGACGUCGAACCGGUACUUGGUCACAGAAAAUCGCUUGGGCCACAAUUCUCGCGCGUAACGCAUUGGUGGUCAUCGUAGGAACUUUGAUGGCGUAUAUCUUUUCCAUCUACGGUCUAUAUCCUUUUAAUCUAACCGGAUCGAUGGGUCAUGGAUUGCCACCGUUUGGUCUGCCGAAAUUCAAUGCAAUAACCAAUGAUUUCUUUACGACUGCUGGUGCUAUGGGAAUGUCGCUUGUCACCGUCCCAGUUGUAUCUACCAUUGAACAUAUGGCGAUAGCAAAAGCGUUUGCAAAGGGCAAAUCUCUGGACGGCACGCAAGAAAUGCUCGCGUUAGGAUUGUGUAACAUAGGCGGUUCGCUUGUUCGAUCAAUGCCAGUUACAGGUUCUUUUACACGAACUGCUGUCAAUAACUCAUCUGGGGUGAAAACUACUUUUGGAGGUUUAUUCACAGGCGCUAUCGUAUUACUCGCGGCUGGCUUGCUCACAUCCACUUUUCGUUUUAUUCCUAAAGCGACUUUAGCUGGCGUUAUAAUAUGCUCUAUGUACUACAUGCUCGACUUCAAAACGUACGCUCUAUUAUGGCGCGCAAAAAAAAUCGACUUUUUCCUCAUGUUGAUUACCUUACUAUUCUGCGUUUUUCUUAAACUGGAAUGGGGAAUCAUUAUCGGUAUAUCGUUAAAUCUUGCAAUAUUAUUGUAUUUCACGGCUCGACCUUCGGUUCAAACCGAAAUUGAACAGGUAGAAGAUAGAACCGUGAUUCGCAUUAUUCCUGAUGAGAGUAUCACGUUUCCAGCAGCGGAACAUUUUCGAGCUUACAUAAUGAAGCUUUCAAACGAAAAUUCAUACGACGUUGUACUUGAUUGUAGAAAUUUGAAGAGGACUGAUGUAACGGUUGCAAAGAACCUUAAGCUAUUGGCAAACGACUUAGGACUGCAAGGAAAGAAUAUCAUUUAUGAAAACUGUCAAGAUGAUGUUGAAAGUAUAUUGAACACUGUUAUUCCAGAUCACUGAAUAAACAUGUUAAAAUUUAAAUGCAUAGACGAACCUAUGAUAUUUAUAUUUCUUGUACAUACUAUAUGAUUUGUUAAAAAACUGAUGUAUUUUAAUUAUAAAUGAUUAAAAUAUAAUAAAAGCAUUGUUUAUGAUUG